GAGAGAGAGAGAGAGGGGAAGAGACGGAGAGGAAGAGAGAGUUAGAGAGAGAGAGAAAGAGAGAGAGUAUGUGAGAGUAAGUGCGUGAGAGCGAGAGAGAGAAAGAGAGUGAGGUGGAGAGAGUGUGAAAGGGGGAGAGAGGGAGAGGAAGAGAAAGAUAGGCAGAGAGGGAGAGAGAGUAUGUGUGAGAUAGAGAGCGAUAGAGUGUGAAAGGGUGAGAGAGAAAGAGAGAGAGAGAGGUAGGGAGGGAGGGAGUGUGUGAGAGGAAGAGGGCAGUGUGAGGAGAGCAGCGCAGUGAGCGGGACUCGGGCUCAGCUGGACUGCAGGGGUAACAAUCCCAGGAAGAGGAGAAGAGGUGCGAUGGACUCCCCCUCGGAUCUUUUCCAGCAGCAGCAGCAGCCGUCUCACACUGCCUUUGACCUGUACUCUCGCAGUCCACUGGAGUCCACUUCCACUGGACCCACAUACCCCGCAAGCAGCCCAGCACCUUACCCCAUCGUUUCUCCACUUCUACACCCCAACAGUGCCUCCCAAAGGUGGGGUGGAUAUAGGCAGCGGCAGUGCUUGUUUUCCGAGCUCCCGGUCCGUGAAGAGGCUCGAGAGGAGGAUGUGGAAGUGUUGGGACGGAGAGCUGCUGAUGGAGCGAGCCAAUUUCCGUUAACCUCACUUGUGGAAAGGAGAAGAGCUUCAGUCUCUGGGUCCCCUUGUGACUGGAGCCAGGACAUUGUUAGGGUGAAGAGGCUUAGAGUGGACAACAUCCUGAGGAGAGAUGGAGAUUUGGGGCGAGAUGGGAUCCGGGGUAGAAGGAGGAUAACAACCCAUAGCACACAGGAGGAAAAGGCUGAAGGAGGAGCAGGAGAAGGAGGAGAAGAAGAAGAAGGGAGGAGAAAGGAGAACAGGGAAGGAAGGCGCCGACAACGAAGAGAGCUGAAGCUUCAGCUGGAAGAGACGAGAGGGAGGCUGAUGGAGCUUCAGCGCAAAGUGUGGAGAGCAUAUGGAGAACAACAGCUAGAGGAAGAAAAGGAGAGGGGAGGACCAGAUGAGGAUGGCACAAUGGAUGAGGGUGCUGAGAUGUUCUCUGAAGGAGAGGGUGAUGACUGUCCAUCCAGCGCACUCUCUCCUAGUGUUUUUUCUUUAGGAAGGAAGCAUGAAAAGCGUGACAGCAGCCAGAACGGGAAUUCUGAGGACUUUCCUGAAGAGCCCACAGACCUGGAUAUGGAGUUGGAUGGAGGGGGAGUGUGGCUUGGCUGCAGCUUGGUGGAAGGUGAAUGGGAGAACACAUGUGGCAGCGAUAAAGAGAAGUUUGCUCAAGCGCUCAAGCAGGAACUGGCCAAUGUUGUGGCUCGGGUCAUUGACAGAGUGGUCCGUCUGUAUGCGGAAAGUGACCAUUCAACUACCCCUGCUUCUGUUCUAGCCCGGGAGACUUCUGCCAGUAGGGUAUUGGGUCCAAACCCAGAGAAGAAGCCAAGGCUGGGGUUUAGACCCAAUGACCUACUGGCAGGGGUAGCACAUGGGACAGAACAGGCUGAAGCACUGCCACUGGUGGCAAGAAAGCCUCAGGACAAGAGGAACUCCCUAAAUCAAGGCAAACACAGGCACCCCCUGAUCCCUCCACAAAACCCUAGCUUACCCUUCCUACCUCAGCCCCCUGUUCCUGCACUCUUACCCCCCAGAAACAAAGAGCCCUUCCUGCCUUCCUGUCCUCCGAACCCUCCACCGUUCCCCCUUCCUCUCCUGCACUACACCAUGCAGCACCUCUUCACUCGUUCUCUCUCCAGCCUACCCCUUCACAAGGACAGCCUCUCCAGUGAACCCUUCAUGGAAUUUCGCUCUCACAACCCCUCAUUCCCACCCUUGCCUCCACUGUUGGCACAGUUAAAUCACUCUCUCGCUGACAGAGGGAGGGACGAGGGCUUGAGAGUAGGAGGUAUUGGAGGGAUGGAUGGAGGAGAUGUGUCCCUUUAUCUUGGCGCAGGAUCAUCUCAGGAGGGACUCUCGCCAUGUCAUCUGAAGAAAGCCAAGCUAAUGUUCUUUUACACACGCUACCCCAGCUCCAAUACACUCAAGACUUACUUCCCUGAUGUCAAGUUCAACCGGUGCGUGACCUCCCAGCUCAUUAAAUGGUUCAGUAACUUCCGAGAGUUCUUCUACAUUCAGAUGGAACGGUUCGCACGUCAGGCUGCCCGUGAGGGCCUUCCAACAUCCAGGGAUAGGGUGCUGCGCCUGAGCCGAAACUCAGAACUCUUCCGCAUCCUCAACAUGCACUACAACAAGAGCAAUGACUACCAGGUGCCAGACAGGUUCGUGGAAGUGUCUGAGUUGGCACUGCGGGAGUUCUUUGCUGCCAUCCAGGGCGGACGUGAUACCGACCCCUGCUGGAAGAAAUCCAUCUAUAAGAUCAUCUGCAAACUUGACAGCCCUGUACCUGACAGCUUCCGCUUACCAGGCUGCCCCAUGGACACACACCGCAUGGUCUGAGACCAGUAUGAGCAGUCACAUGCCCACACACUCAUACUACAUACUCAAACACAAAUACACACUCACACAUACACACGUAGACAUACACACUCGCAAACACCUCUUGGCUUAAGGAUUAAUGUGGCUUCAUACGCAGACACAAACAACACAUGGACCAAGAGGACCAAGAGGGUUAGUGUUGAUAUGCACACACACAUUGCCUGAGGAUCAGCUUUGGCAUACACAAACUGGCAAAUGCAUCUGCAUACCAACUCUUACUCACUCACACACACACACACACACACACAUACCUGCUAAAUAUCAUACAGGCACUGACUGGAAGCACACAAAACUAUUUAUAUAAUCUAGUGAGUGAGCAGUAUCUAUGUGAUAGUGGUUUGUUGCCUUCCAGAUCCAGUGGAAAGAAAUCCAUGUGGCACUAAUACAGAGGUCAAAGGCCUUAUUGAAUGUACACACUUAUGAAUAGGUCACGAAGAGGUGUUAGAAUUUUGCUAGUACUGUUCCAGAGAGAUAAUCAUUAUUUGGAGAUGUUUAAAAGGUUUUUCUAUGUACUUGCAAAAACCUUUAUUUUAAUGUAUUUAUCAAAAAAAAAUGACGCACUUAACAACUGUGGGCCUAUCGAUGGUCUUUUCAUUGUAAUUUUAUAUUCGAUUUGCUUAUUUGUCAUAAUGUUUUGCAUAUUAUGUGUUUGUUUCAUAAGGCUUUAAGUAAAAAAAAAAUACAUGUGAAAUUUGGAUGUAACAGUGCUACCGUAAUUAAAAGUGAUUGUUCAAGCUCG